GCGCGCCAUCGGAGAGACAUGGCUGAGCUACUUGUUAUCUUGCCCACCCGGGCAGCUGUGCUCCUUCUCUUUUUCGCUACCGUCUCCGGAUCCACGGGCCCUGGCAGCAGGGAAAGUCGAGGGUCGUCGCGGAUCCCUUCCCAGUUCAGCGAGGAGGAGCGCGUCGCUAUGAAAGAGGCGCUGAAAGGUGCCAUCCGGAUUCCCACAGUGUCUUUCAGCCACGAGGAAUCCAACACCACAGCCCUUGCUGAGUUUGGAGAAUAUAUCCGAAAAGCCUUUCCUACAGUGUUCCACAGCAACCUUAUCCAACACGAAGUCGUGGGGAAGUAUAGCCACCUGCUCACCAUCCGAGGCUCGGACCCCAGUUUGCAGCCCUACAUGCUGAUGGCUCACUUUGAUGUGGUUCCUGCCUCUGAAGAAGGAUGGGAGGUGCCCCCGUUCUCAGGCCUGGAGCGCAAUGGGUUCAUCCAUGGCCGGGGUGCGCUGGACAACAAAAACUCUGUGAUGGCAAUUCUGCAGGCUUUGGAGCUCCUGUUGAUCAGAAACUACAGCCCCAAAAGACCUUUCUUCAUUGCUUUGGGCCAUGAUGAGGAGGUGUCUGGGACAAAGGGGGCUCAGCAGAUCUCAGCACUCUUACAGACGAGGGGUGUCCAGCUAGCUUUUCUUGUGGAUGAAGGGAGCUUUAUCUUGGAAGACUUCAUUCCAAACCUCAAGAAGCCGUUUGCCAUGAUUUCAGUCACCGAGAAGGGUGCCCUUGACCUCAUGCUGCAAGUAAACAUGACUCCAGGCCACUCUUCAGCUCCCCCAAAGGAGACAAGCAUUGGCAUCCUUUCUGCCGCUGUAAGCCGACUGGAGCAGACACCAAUGCCAAACAUGUUUGGAAACGGGCCAUUGAAGAAGACAUUGAAGCUACUGGCAAAUGAGUUUUCCUUCCCUACCAAUAUAAUCUUGGGGAACCUGUGGCUAUUCCGUCCCAUUGUAAGCAGGGUAAUGGAGAGGAAUCCCAUAACGAAUGCGUUGGUCAGAACUACCACAGCCCUUACCAUGUUCAAUGCAGGAAUCAAGGUGAAUGUCAUCCCCCCAUUGGCUCAGGCGACAGUCAACUUCCGAAUUCACCCUUCGCAGACAGUACACGAGGUCGUAGAACGCGUCCAGAACAUUGUGGCUGAUGACCGAGUCCAGUUGCAUGUGUUGAGAUCCUUUGAACCACUGCCCGUCAGCCCCUCUGAUGACCAGGCCAUGGGCUACCAGCUGCUUCAACAGACCAUACAAUCUGUCUUCCCGGAAGUCAAGAUCAUUGUCCCCGGUAUUUGUAUUGGCAACACGGACACCCGACACUAUGUCAACCUGACCAAUGGCUUGUACCGGUUCAACCCCGUUUUCCUGAAGCCUCAGGACUUCAGUAGUGUCCAUGGAAUCAAUGAGAAAAUCUCCGUUGAGAGCUACCAGAACCAGGUGAAGUUCAUCUUUGAGUUGAUCCAAAAUGCUGACACCUACAGCAAGCCAGUUCCUCAUCAGCAUGAACUAUGAGACAAGGACCCAGCUGGGUGAGGGGUGCCCAGCGCUGAGCCAGGACUCACCUAAGGGGAGAGGAGCUGGUAUUAAGGAAAUGUUUGGUGGAAACCAUCCUAUAACGCAGAGUCCACCUGCCUGGCUCCCUCCUCCACUCACCGAGGAGGAAAGGGAGAUGAACAGAAUCUCACCUGUCAUCCUCCUGACACCCGUGUUCUUCCCAUGAGUGGCAUCUGCUGCCUGUCCUGCCUGUUGGCCUGUCUCAUGCCGGUGGUUACUAACUAUUCCACUUUCCCAGCCUGUCUUAACAAAUACAGAUUUGGGGAACACCUCAAGCAGGGUUUAAUCUAGAAUAGAGUAUUGACUUCAGAUACUUGAGCCGGACUGUCUUCUAGAAUUUCCUUUCUCCUGUCUUCUCUCCCACUUGGGAGCUGCCCCUUGGCCUCUUUCUUCCUGCCUCUGCUUCCUUCCUCCGGUUCAUUUCCAUAUCUGCAGUUAAGAUUCAAACUGAGAAGCUCCCGUGAUCACAGUCAAAUAAAGGGGUCCAUGUAGUGACUGUCAAGCUGGCCUCCGACAAGUGAGUGGGGAGCUGGAGACUUUGCAAGAAACCCAGAACUCCUGGUUCCAGAGGCUUGGGCUCUUGGGAUUGUUGUUCCCCUCCCCUGCCCUGUUCCUGCCACCUGCUGUUGCUGCCCCACCUCAGGAAGCUCUAAUCUGUGAAAGCAUUUCCCUGGCACCGUUUAUGGGCUGAGCUCCCAAGAGAGGAACACUCAAGAUCCAGCUUCUCAGUGGCUCCCUGGCCCUGGCUUGUCCUGUUUCAGAAUGACCAAGGGGAAGUGGAGGGCAAGGAAGGGGAUGGUUAGAGGGGCUCUUCCCUGGACAAAAGAAGCAAGCGUCCAUUAGAGUGUAUCGGAGCUCUUGUCUUCUCUCUGGACUCCAACCCUACGCAUAUUUGAAUGCACUCAGUAGCUGCCAGGUCGGGGGCAUUGGAAAGCCACAUUUCUUGGCUCAAGGCCACCAUCUCUGCUUUGUGGAUGACAAGGGGAGUCAAGGUCACACAGGGAGACACAGAACCGGAGCUUGAAAGGCUCCCUCUUUCCCCUCUCCAGACUAGCACCUUCUGUGUCUCUCAGCAGUUUGACAGUUCUAGGUUCACUUGCCCCCCCCCCUUGGAAAUCCCCAUUCUCCCUCCUCCCAAGUCCGUACCUUCCUCCCAGGAUGUGAACUGUUCCUUUGAAACUCUGGCUUAAUUGUUAGCGUUAGAAACAGUGUGGGGAUUAUUCGAGCUUUUUAGCUACUCCUGCUAAGAUUCACAUUCCUUCCUCACUCUGACUUUUUGGCCAACUCAAUACUUACUCAGCUUUAGUUGGAGGGCAAGCGUAAGAACAAAGAUAAUCCUUCACUUUCGUGCAGAGCUCUGUGAGAUCAUCUUAUGCAUGCCUUAUCUCAGCCCUGUGAGCAUGCUGUCAUUACCCCUUCCUACAGAGACUGGCUACACAUCUUGCUGGAAACAGUUGUCAAACCUUCAUUACCUUGCCACCGGGACCAUUCUCUGAUCCUGAAUCACCUACUCCCCACUGAUUUCUUAUUUAAUUCUCAUAACUACUGUGGCAUGAGUACCCCCACUGUUGUUAUGUUGUAAACUUAGUCAUAUGAGGAAAAGUAUUCACAGGGAGGGAACAUGGCCGACUGGGUCUUGCCUUUGUAGGGUCAUUAGGAUUAGGCCCUGGGUCUGAGCUCCAUCCUUGACUUAUUAAUGGCUUUUUUAAGAAGAGAGUUUGGGCAAAUGGACACAUUUAAUCUGAUACGGACAAGGCACCAUGAAUACCUGUGUCAAAACAUCACAGUACUCCAUCCACUAAAUCAGAGAAAGAGAGGGGGAAAGAGAGCAGAAGACAGACAGGUUCAUACAUGUACGCCAUGUGAGGGCCUAUACCAUCUCUUGCACAAGGAGACCUCAUCCAUCAGGGGACAAACCAGUGCUCCCCACAUGAUUUUAACACUCCCGAGCUGUGAGCCGAAGUAAACCUCUUUUCUUUAUAACUCGA